ACUCUUCAUUGGGAGCUUCUUGCAACUUUUUGUUUUUAUGUAAAGUGAAAAAAAAAUGAGGAUUAAUUAUUUAAUUGUAUUUGUUUAACUGAAACAAAAUAGUUUGUUUAAUUUAAAUUUAUUUAUUUUCCCCAAAAUGAAAACAAAAUAGGGUUUGUUUAAUUGCUUCAGACAAAUUGUUUUGAAUGGUUGGUUUGAAAACAAAAUAGAAUAUAUUCGUUUGAAAUGAGAUCCCAUCAUUUUCCUCUCUUUUUUUUCUACCGAAAUAUCUUUUUCCCCAAUACGCGCGCCGCAACUCCUCCCUUUUCUCGUUCGCCAUGAUCCGCGGAUGAGCUCCACCGCCGCCGUUGCUGGAGAACGAUGAAGAUCGCCGCGAUCGCUGCCGAUGGAAUCCGAUCGUCCAAGGGAGCCUGAUCUCGCUACGGGGACCGAAUUGUCGGAGUGGGCUGUCUGUGACGCGCAGGAGAUCGAAGGCGGAGACGACCCCAAGAUUGUCGAUUGGGAGGACCUGCAGCAGGAGCUCGCUCGACUCUGGAGCCUCUCUUCGGCGCUCAAGAAGGCUAAGGAGAGGAAGGAGUCGCUUUCCCAACGUCUGGAAUCGUUCAUCGAGGCAAGGAAAGGAUCAUUACGGCAAACAAAUGAGUUAGAGGAGAUGAAGGAUAAACUGGAAUCUAAGAGACUUGCCUUGGAAAACUUGUCCAUGCACAUUAAGCAGACUUCAGAGAAUUCACAAAAAGAAAGAGAUAAACUUUGCCACAGUACCAGAGUGUUGUUGGUAGCUGGAAAGAGAUUAACUGCGUCCCACCAGCAGUUGCAGGAAGCUAGUAAAUUGCUAUCUGGAGAAAGGGGAUAUGAUAAUCUGAAAAAGCUGCAAAAGUUGCUUAGGCUGAGGCAAGGUGAUAUGGUAACUCAAAUAUCAACACUUUACUCAAUCAAGAGUGCAAGUGAACAACCAUUUACGGAGGCCACUGAUCCGCAUACUAUUGGUACGAGUUCAAGAGGUUCUACUAGUCCAUCCUCACCUUCUAAACCCCUGCACUUGUCAUCUUUGACAAUAUUAGGUCUUCAACUAACUAUGCUUCCUAUAAAAACGAUGGGCUACUUUAGUGACAAGAAGGAGGUUCAGAUGUUUGCAAGUGCCUUGGGUUAUGUUGCACAUGCAGUCUCACUUAUUUCAUCAUACCUAUAUGUGCCUCUCCGCUAUCCUUUGCACUUCAAAGGCUCGCGCUCAUAUAUUUAUGAUCAUACAUCUACAGUUGAUAAUGCUGCAUCUGAUUUGAUGGGAAACUCGGCAUCAUUAAGCACAAGCUCUAAGCCGAUUGACUUUCCACUUUUUCUAGAUGGUCAAGAUACUACAAGAGCAGCCUAUGCAAUAUUCUUAUUGAAUAAGAAUUUGGAGCAACUUCUGAAUUACAUCGGCGCAGAAAGUUUGGGCCCACGCCAUAUAUUACCUAAUUUAAAGGAGCUCAUGCAGAUUAUCCUGUCAAAAGAAUACCUUAACAUGUGAUUUCAUUUACUCCAUAAGGUUUUGAAGACACGUAAAUCUUACCAAUUCCUUGGCAGCCAAUUUGUAUAUUCCUUCCACCUUGGUGGAUGUUUUAUUUAAAGCGCCAUUGGCCACGAUA